CCGCCAUUGUCAUCACCACACUGUCCACUAACGCAACCUUUGUCCACCACGCAUAAUAUCCACCCUCCAACUAUAUCCAAUCGCUCCCACUUUCCACUCCCCACUCUUCCUCAAAAUUACAUUCCCAGCCCCUUUCCACCUGCCUGCAGCUCAAAACCAUCCAUCAAUGGCAAUUGGCAAAUACCAAAACAAAAUAGAUACACUAUACACAGACAAUACAUAAAGAUAAAGAUAUACCUAAAUUCACUGUCCAUAUCUUCACCGCUUAUAGAGAGAGGGUAAAAGAAAAAGAGGAGAGAGAAUAUUACGCACAUAAAUUCUGUCGAUACGUAUAGAACUUUCCUCAACAUUUUCAUCAUCAUCAUCAACAAGAAGCUUGAAGAUCAAGCAAUUGGAGUGUUUUUCAAUUCGAUUCUACAAGUUUGACUAUUAUGUCUGAGGUCAACGAGUCAAGGAGGUGGAGAGAAGACGUAACAAGUCCAGUCGGCGACACCGGAAUUCGGUACUCCGGCGCCGCUGUCAAUGGUGCCGGUAUUGGAAUUCCGGCGGGGGGGGUUGUUGGCGGUGGCAAUGCUGGGCGUGAAACUGAGAAUUGGAAGUUUCAUGCCGUGGAGUUUGCGAAGGGAUUGGCGGAGAUGAGUGUGGAAUUUGGGAAAGGUGUGAGGGAUGUGGUGAAGCAGAGUGUGGUGAGAGAGGACUCGUACCUUGUGAGGAAGUUUGGGAAACCGUGUCAGAAGAUUUGUGGUACUGUUUGUGGCAAAUUGACGUUCUUGAAUGACUAUUUGCCGGAGGAUCGUGAUCCGGUGCAUGCGUGGAGUGUGAUUUUAUCUGUAUUAAUUCUCGCCGUUGCAGUGCUAUAUGUAAAUAGAGAAGAUCGUACAGCUGCUCCUUUAAUGAAGAAACUGGUUGUACAUCCUCCAAGUGCUACUCGUGUGUUGCUACCAGAUGGUAGACACUUGGCUUAUCAGGAGCAAGGUGUUACAGCUGAUAGAGCUAGAUUUUCAAUGAUCACUCCUCAUUCUUUUCUAUCAUCUCGACUUGCAGGAAUACCUGGGCUUAAGGCUUCACUACUGAAUGAAUUCGGCAUUCGCUUCGUGACUUACGAUCUUCCAGGGUUUGGUGAAAGUGAUCCUCAUUCCAAAAGAAACCUUGAGUCAUCAGCUCUGGAUAUGUUACACUUAUCAUAUGCAGUGGGCAUUACCGACAAGUUCUGGGUGGUGGGAUACUCAGCUGCAAGCAUGCAUGCUUGGGCUGCACUCAGAUACAUUCCUGAUCGAGUUGCAGGUGCCCUCAUGGUUGCCCCACUAAUUAAUCCCUAUGAACUAAGCAUGACUAGGGAAGAGAGACGUAAAACCUGGGAGAAAUGGACAACUCGGAGGAAACUGAUGUACUUUUUAGCUCGAAGGUUUUCUUGGUUUCUUCCUUACUUCUAUCGGCAAAGCUUCCUGUCUGGAAACCUUGGUCAUAUAGAUGAGUGGCUGUCGCUGUCCCUUGGAAAGAGGGACAGAGCUUUGAUAGAGGAACAAACAUUUCAAGAAUUUUGGCAGAGGGACGUGGAAGAAUCGGUCAGACAGGGAAACGUAAAACCAUUCGUGGAAGAAGCUGUCCUACAGGUUUCAAAUUGGGGCUUCAGCCUAGCAGACCUCAAAAUACAGAAGAAACGGCAAGGGAAAAGCAUCAUCCUUUGGCUUAAGUCUAUUUACAGUCAAGCAGAAGAAAAUUUGACAGGCUUUCUGGGCCCAAUACAUAUGUGGCAGGGGAUGGACGAUAGGGUGGUCCCACCGUCAAUGAGUGAUUUUGUGCAGCGAGUUCUACCAGGGGCCAUGGUGCAUAAGCUCCUUUAUGAGGGUCAUUUCACCUACUUUUAUUUCUGUGACCAAUGCCAUAGACAGAUAUUCAUCACAGUUUUUGGAAACCCUCAAGGACCACUUGCUAUAGAAGUAGAUCAGACUACAAUCAACGAAGGUAAUGAUGACAUGGAAGAGGUAAUCCAGGAUGACUUGACCGCAGACAGAUCCCGUUCAUCAAGUUCAGUGUAACAAUUCUGAUGUGUAUAGCACAGCUUUGGUCCAUUGCUCUUGGAGGAAGAAAAUCUCAGUAGUCGUUUGUUUUUUUAUGUCGGUUGUAGUAGUCAAUGGAUAGAUAAGCAUAGGUACAAACAGGAUGACGGCUGCAAAGAAGAGAAACCACGGUUCAAUCAAACUCUGAUUCUUAUGGGUUUGGUAUACAGAAUUUGACUCUUAAAUAGAAAAAAUGAGAAGAUGCAAGGUAAAGUUGACAUUGUAUUUGAUAAAUAAUCCUGGAAUGUGGCAGCAUAAUCUCCAAAGGAAGCAAAUGUAGCUGAUAUUCAUGUGAAGCCGGUUCGGCUGCUUAAAGGAGGAGGAGCAGAAAAUCAACUGGACUGAAAAAAUGUCCUAUGUAGCAGUUUUGUAUCAGAAAAUCAAAUGUUUUUGGAUUUGAGUGAGUUUCGGAAUGUACAUGAAACCGAUUAGAUUGUACUGGUUGAACUUUUGCUCCACAUGUGGUCAAGCUUUGCAAAUGAUAUUACUAUAUCCAUGUUUCAAU